GUAAUCCAGCCUCAUCGACACUUGGGAGGUAUGUUUAGAGGACAUAGUUAGGUCUAACCAAAACCAAAACAUAAUACAAAUGGGUCCUGUCGACUAGUAAUUGCUUCACCAAUCAACAUCAACUAUCUGCUAUUCUGAUUUCCAUCGCUGUCGUCAGACUCAGAAUAUAUAUGUCUACAUUCAUAGUAUGAAGACCAAUUAUCAGAGAAUAUCAAGACAGAUUUCCUCAUCCACUGUUAGGUUGUUGUGAUACAGAGGGUUUGCUUUUUUACAUAGUUAACACCUACCCCUCUGAGAAAAUGGCAGCAAUUCCAUCCAGUGGCUCUCUUGUUGCUACCCAUGACUACUACCGAAGGCGCAUAGGAUCCACUUCCAGCAACAGUUCCUGUGGCAGUUCGGAUUAUAUUGGGGAAGUUAUUCCGCACCACCCAGGUCUACCUAGACAAGACUCAGGCCACUGGUGGACCAGUUUUUUCUUUGGCAAGCCGAGUACACAUAGUGGACAUGACACCCAGCCCAAGACUGGAACUUACACUGUAACUAAUAACCAGGUCACUUGCAUUGCCAAGGAAAUGGUGCUGAAGAGAAAUCCAAGUGAAACCACUGAGCAUGGAAAUCCCGAGCCCAGCACUCCUCCUGCCUCAUAAACACGCAGUGCAUGCUCACACUAAUUUUAAAACCAUCUUUUUAGACUACGUUAGAUCCAUGGCUAGAUGCACAAUCUUUAUUUGAAUUAUUAUUGACAAUAGGCCACUUAUGUUGCUCAGACUGCUUUAUUUUACUCAUGACCAAAAGAAUGUUUCAUUAAAAAAAUUACCCUUGACCACUUUGUUAUUGUGUGCCCUUUGAAUAAACUAAUUCAGAAUAUG